UUUAAAGUACACAUGUUAAGAAAAAGUAAUGAAGAGUCAAGUGCCUCGUUCAAGAUCUUCUUGUGCAGCCUGCAAGGCCUUAAAGAGAAGAUGCGCCACAAAUUGCCUGUUUGCUCCGUAUUUUCGUAAGGACGAGCCAAAGAAGUUCGCCAAAGUACACAAGGUGUUCGGAGCCAGCAACAUUAGCAAGAUCCUUAAUGAGGUGUCAGACGAGCAACGUGAGGAUACAGUGAAUUCGCUUGUGUAUGAGGCUGAGGUGAGGCUGAGAGACCCCAUUUAUGGUUGCAUUGGGGCUAUAGCUUCUCUGGAGAAGAAGAUGGUUGAACUAGAGCAUGAUCUGAUGCUUGCUCGAGCUCGUCUUGCAUUUUGUGUUAAUCAGCGCACGUCAUUUUUGAAUGAGCAUGAGAAUAUGGCCCCUUGGAUUCAUGAUACUCCUGAGAGUGGUAUAGUGGAGGCCUUCAACCAGGAUCUAUUUUCCUUUAAUCAAUUUAGCCAUCUUCCAUUUCUUUAACUCUCUCUCUCUCUCUCUCUCUCCCCCCCCAUAUUUUAUGUUUCCAUGACAUAAAUUUAAUAUUUAAUGGAGGUCAUUUGGAUCAAAGUGAAACUUCAUUUAAUUGUGCCUGCAAAAUGGUAUGGUGGCCUUCAACCAGGAUCUAUUUUCCUUUAAUCAAUUUAGCCAUCUUCCAUUUCUUUAACUCUCUCUCUCUCUCUCUCUCUCCCCCCCCAUAUUUUAUGUUUCCAUGACAUAAAUUUAAUAUUUAAUGGAGGUCAUUUGGAUCAAAGUGAAACUUCAUUUAAUUGUGCCUGCAAAAUGGUUUAUGUGAAUAUCAACCCACAGUUGCUUUUUUUUUACUUCUUAUGGUAGUCAUAGAGUUUUUUCUUUCUUGAACAUGAUCAGAUCAGAUUUUCUUAGUUUUCUUCUUCCCUAGCUUUGUUUCCAUAGGGCUCCAGAGCAGGGAAGGGAGACUUGAUUUUUAAGACUCCGAAGAAUUUCUAGUACCUGGGAUUAGACAGCAUCAAGCACAUAAAGAGGUGUGUGAUAUAUGUCGACUAUCAUGUCUAGUACGGCAUUCCAAACCUAUUUCAUAUGAUUCCCGGAUUCAACAAUCAAUGAAAACAAUUUUCAUUAUAUUUGCAUAAUAGAGUACACAUUACCGAAUUAGUCGAUAAGUGGAUUCAUCGUGAAAAUUUUGAGACCUGACCGAAUCGUAUCCAUGGUCACUGAUAAGACCAGAUUAAUUUUUCACAAUCUUAAUUAUUUUGGCCCACUGUAAAAUGUAAUGUUAACUGUCACAUACUAAUGGAAUGCCUUUUAGCUUAGGCAUGUGAAAGUUUAUCAAAAUGGGGGUAAGACAAUCAUAUUGUUUGCAACUUUGCAUUGAUUACAAGUCAAUCACUAGAUAAAGCACAUUUUCCACUACGAAUUCGAACAAGCAACCGAGAAAGUUGAUAUGCAAUAAAUCAUUGGAUGGUUGUUUCUGCGGCUUCACAAAUAGAAAACUCGCAACUGAAUUUGGGCUUUAGAGGUCGAAAAAUCCAUUCUUUGUAAGAUAUGUAAUACGAUCAAAACACUGUACAUUAUCUAAAUCGCUAUGCAUUCUCAACUCAUUUUGUAGGAAAUACUAUGAACAGAUCUUGGCAGCAUAACCCUGUGCAGAGAACACAAAAUAGGCAAAAAUACAUAAACCAAACCAAGAAACUAGCUCAGAACCACACAACCCUGUUUUUGAAAUUAAGAUCGGAACCUGAUUGCUCUCAUUCAACAUAAUACUAUUGACUUUCCUUCACAAGUCCUCGUAAUAGCUAAUGCCCCAGACGAUGUUUCCAUUGCCUAAUUUCAAUACAGAAAAGCAUCCAAAGCAUCAAUGAACACCUAAAACAAAGGAACCCCGGCACUGAUUUGUGUUUUAGUUCCAAGAUGGGACCAUAGCAAGAUCGUAUUAAUAAUCGAAUUCACAGAUUGUAGUCAAACGAAUCACGGGCGCAAAAAUCUUCUGACAAAUUCCAGAUAUUAAGAAUAACUCCCAAUUCUACUGUAUCUUUGGGCAAUAUUUACU